GCCGGGCUUCGGGAGGGGGCGGCGGGGCUAUAAGCGGCCCGGGGCGCCCACCCUCGAAGCGGGAGCCGGAGCGAGGAGGAGACGGCGCUGGAACCCAUGGACACGUCGUACCCCCGCGAGGACCCCCGGGCCCCCACGGCCCACAAGGCCGACGGCGCCGCCCACACGGCCCUCACCCUGGGGGCGCCCAGACCCCCACCUCGAGACCACUUGAUCUGGUCGGUGUUCAGCACGCUCUACCUGAACCUGUGCUGCCUCGGCUUCCUGGCGCUGGCCUACUCCAUCAAGGCCCGGGACCAGAAGGUGGCUGGAGACCUGGAGGCAGCCCGGCGUCUGGGGUCCAAAGCCAAGUGCUACAACAUCCUGGCCAUGAUGUGGGCGCUGGUGCCACCACUGCUGCUCCUGGCGCUGGUGGUGACAGGCGCGCUACACCUGUCCCGGCUGGCCAAGGACUCCGCUGCCUUCUUUAGCACCAAGUUCGAUGACUCGGACUAUGACUGAUAGGCUGGGCCUUGUCCACGUCCUGACUACGGACCCUGACCCCAGGACCAAAUCCCAGGGCCCUGCUCUGGGGACUCCACCCUGACCCCCUGGAACCCUAUCUCCACCAUCCCACCGUGGGCACCUAAUGCUGACCCCAAAGAUCCCUUGUUUGGACCCCAGUGGCCUCAACUCCAGCCCUGAUGGUCCUGCUCCCCUACCUCCUUGUGCCCAGGCUGGACCCUCCCUCCUCAUACCAGACUCAUUCAGGCUUGGUUUCAUAAUUAAAAGCACCUGGUU